AUGGCUGAAGAACAGCAGAAGAAGCAAGGCGUAGGAGGCAUUCUUGGCGGCUUGACCGAUACCGUCGGCAACACAGUGGGCGGCGUCACGGACACCGUGGGCAACACCGUCUCCGGCGUGGGUGAGGGCGUCGGCAAGACCGUCGGCGGCGCCACUCGAGGCCUAGGCGACACGACCAAGGCAGUGGGCAACACCGCCAAAUCUACCACCGACUCGAUCGGCGGCAAGAAGCAGACCGCGGAUAACCCGCUAGGGCUGUAG